GAACAGAGCCGAGCCAAGCCGAACCGAACUGAACAGAACCAAACCAAAAGCACUGGCCACCAUUACCAAAGACGGUGGCAUAUGUGUAGCGUUGCUGUGCAUUUUAAAUCCAGAAAGACAACCUCAAAAUACGGAACAGCUUACAUAACCUCAUAGCCUUCAACAGAACUAAGACAGUACAUGUACAUACCACAAUACAAACAUUUUCUUGCUCUGUCUCUCUCUCAACCAUAUCUUUUUUGCCUUGCUCAGCCUUUGGAGUUAUUUUUUUCUCUCUCUUUUUCUCUUUCUGCUUUCAUAUAUUCGCCCUUUUUAUGUGUCUAAUCUCUCUCUCGCCACAACAAUCAAGCUUCUUCUUCUUAUCUUUCUUUAACUCAACUGGGUCAGAUCACAGCGAGUUGGCCACCUGGGUGACAAUGCAAAUCCCAUUGCUUUUUUUUUUUUCAGCAGUGUACGAUCAGCUAAAGGAGUGACAAAAAAAAAAGUUUAGACCUUUUCGAACAUUUCUGGAUAACGGAAAUAAAAGCCCAGAAACCCUAGAGGUUGAACCCCCAGAUGGUGAAACUCUAGAAGCUCAGAACCCAGAUAACAAAAAUCUACAAGAAAAAGCUUCUGGGUCCUAUCAUUUGUUUGGCUUAAGUGGCAGCUUUAAUAUGGAAGAAAUGAAUCUGGAUGUUCCUAAAGAACAGAACAGGAAAGUGGUUGAUGCAAAUGGUGAAGAUCAUAAGGUUGAUAGUGUGGUAUCAGUGAACAGACUUGUUAAUAUUAGAGGAGAGAAUCCCGAUGCCAUUUUAAGUGCAUUGGUUGAUCUUGAUGUGAGUGAUACUGGAAUUGGGAAGGAUUCUUUGUUGAAUGAUGUAACUGAUAGGAUAAUUGAGACUGAAAAUGGUUCCCUCGCUACGGAUUUCAGCGAGAAUGCAGUGGAUUUGGGUGGUGAUGUGAAUGCUGAAGUUGAAGUUGAAAAGAAUGUGAAUGAUGAGGAGUUAGAAGAGGACGAGUCAUUGGGAGUUAAUGGCAUUGUGUCUGGUAGGAAGUUAGAAAUCUGUGGAGGCAAUAUAUCACUUUAUGUUGAUUUUUCUGGUUCUCUAAGUGGGGUUAAUGUUAACAAUCUCAACGACAUGGGUUAUUCUGGGUCAUUCGUUAGUCAAGAGGAUCCUAAAGAUAUUGGUGAUGAGGAGAUGAAGGAGUUAAUUGGAAAGUUCCAUGUGGGUGACAUUGUAUGGGUUAAGACCAAAAACCAGUCUUGGUGGCCAGGAAAGGUUUAUGAUCCAUUAGAUGCAAGAAAAUAUGCUCUGCAGAGCGACCACAGGAACUGCCUGCUGAUUGGGUAUUUUGGGAUAAGCCACAUUGCUUGGUGCUUGCCAUCCCAAUUAAAGUCUUUCCAUGAGAACUUUGAGCGCAUGACUGGGGGAAACAAGGCUAGAAGCUUCCUUGGGGCAGUAGAGAAGGCAGCGGAGGAGUUUGGUAAGUGCCUGAGAUCAGAGAUGACUUGUUCCUGUAUCCACAAUAAAUGUCAGCAGUCAUCUGCUGAUGUUGAAAUUCAAGGAAAAGUUUCUUCGCCAAGUUGCAAAUUUGGUGAAUUUUCAUUUACUCGGUUUGAACCAGUGAAGUUUCUUGAACAAAUUAAAAAUCUUGCACAGACAUUCUCCAAGCUUGGCAUCCUUGAAUUAACUGUUGCAAAGAAUUUUGUGUCAGCAUUUUAUGAUUUUAGAGGACAUGGUCAAGUGCCUGCUGAACAACUUUUUGAAUCAAUUGAUGAUCAAGACAGUGCUGGGGACAGGUCAAUGGAGAAAAGUAACAUCAGUGCUCAACAUGGAAGCCAAAAUUUAGAAGCUGCCAACGGGGAAUUGCAAAGCACUGAGGAUAAAGUUCUACAGCGAAAGAAGAAUGAAGAGCUAGGCAUGAUUUUUGGAGAGGGCAUGGGUACUACAGCAAAGAAUUACAAAGGCGAUCUUCCUGUAGGGAAGAAUGUUCUAAAUGAUCUGGCAUCAAAUUCCAGGAAGAGAAAGAGGAAGAAGUAUGCUGAAGUUGAAGGCUAUGAUGUCAGUCUUCCAGAUUCUCCACCUCAGGUGGAAGCCAGCAUCUUUGGAUCUGCAACAAUGAUAGAGAAGGGCUCUGAUCUGAGAGAAAGGAAGAAAAGCAAGUACCUAUCAUAUCCCUAUGUCAACUUGGAACAUAAAGGCUUGCCAAGUGAAAUAGAAGACCCUAAGUCUCAGAAAGUUUCUCAAGGAGCAGAACAUGAAAAAGCAGUUAGUCAUCAAUUUAUCGGAUCACAUUCAGUUUCUAAAUCCAGUGGCAAGAGGUUUCAAAAGAAAUGGUUCAGAAAAUUUAUACACAAUAAUGACGCAUCCAAUAACCCCGAUCUGAUAAAUGCAUCUGUAGCUGAUUUGCUUUCUGAACUGUGUCUCACAGCGAUGGAUUGCCUGUAUUCAAAUGAAAGUAAAAACUUUGAUUUAAUAGAAUGGUUCUUUGCGAGGUUCAGAAUAUCAGCAUUUCAUGAUGAGUCUAUUUACGAGAUGCAUUGCAAGAACAUGAUUGGUAGCAGUAAUGAGGCACUGCAGGGGAAGGAUACACUCGAGCCAACCCAGACUUUACUGGAUGUCAAGGCUGAGCAAAAGAUGCAGAAGAAGAAGAAAAAUGGAAACUCAGCUCCUACAAAAAUUAAAUCCCUUCGUGGCUUAUCAGAUGUCAAUAUAAAUAUUGCUGCAGAUGGCACACUUGUAAAAGAUUUCUGUGACAUGGGCCCUCCUACUCCUAAUGGUAGGCCUGGGCCGAAGAAGAAAAAGAAGAAGCAAGGAACAUCUCCUGCAGGUUUACCAGAUUUGAAUAGUAGUGGUGCUACAAGUAGUUUGUUGGUAGAAAGUUUUGAGUCUGUGAGCCAUGUUGAACAUGAGCCUAAUCAGAGGGAGAAGAAAGCAGGCUCAGAGAAUGUAAAUUUAAGUGAUGCAGAACCCGGCUCACUGCUACUAGAUUUACAGGUGACAGGCCCAUUUUCGGUGAAUACUAUACCUAAGGAAAUUAUGGGGGAGGGAUCUGCUCCUAGUAUACCAACUUCGGAUGGAAACUGUGCAAUUCCAGGCCUUUUGGCAAAAGAGCCUCCAUCUAUCAGCCCUCUCAGUGCUGAAGGUUUGCCUGAGCCCAAAAAAAGAAAAAGAAAGGACAAAUCAACUGCUGAGCAGACUACAGUUGCUGCGAUUGAAGCUGGUUUGGAGGGGACUCUUGCUGAAUCGAGUAUGUUGGUCAAACCUGAAAAGAAGAGAGCACGGAAAAAAGAAGUAAAGCCACGGCGGCCUAGAAGGAAAUCAGCUGUGAGGCUACCGGAUAUAAACAUAAAUUACAAUAUCAUGGAUACAAAUGGAGAAGGUCUGGGGACUGCUCUGAUCUUGACAUUUGCUCAAGGAGUUUCUUUACCUUCAAAAGAAGUUCUGGUUGCAACGUUUUGCAGGUUUGGGCCCUUGAAGGAGUCAGAAAUACAUUUGAUGAAAGAUUCUAAUACUGCUCAAGUUGUUUUCUUGAAGAGUACUGAUGCCGCAGAAGCAGCAAGGAGUUUAGAGAAUUGCAGUCCUUUUGGUGCAACACUAGUCAAUUACCGACUUCAUCUUCUUUCAGCUGCUGGAUCCAAAGAGGGAACUACUGCACCUGCAAUGUCUUAUGGGUCAAUGCCAAGUCCUGCUGAGGCACCUCCUAUUGACUUCAUAAGGCAGAACCUAGAGAUGAUGACAUCAAUGCUGGAGAAGGCAGGAGACAAUCUAUCUCCUGAAAUGAGAGCCAAAUUGGAAACUGAGAUUAAAGGCCUUUUGAAAAAGAACAGCAGAGCAUGCAACUUUAAUAAAGCAUAUCCAGUUUUAGCGUUUCACGGAACCGGAGUUCUGCAUUGGCAUACUAACUAGACACCGACUGAGACCGGGAAUUAACAAAUGGACAAUUCUCCAGUGACCAAAAUCUUGCAAGCCUAGAUCAUUGAAUGGUGGCUUAAUCAAAUGAAAGACGGGUUCUUCGGGUUUUCUUUCCCAAAGAUCGGGGGCCAAAUUAUCCAAUUUUCGGAUGAACUCUUCCUCGAGCCAUGAAUUAUGUCGAGAGCCGUAAUACCAGUUGGCUGCUAAUGACUGAAAAAUCAAAAGGAUAGAGGCUUGGAGAAGCGCUUUAUUUCAGUAGCCGUUUAUAAUGAUUUCUGUUCUAGCUCAGAAAUUUAGGGCUUUUGAGUUCAAUUAAAGCCAGACAGGAGCUUUCUGUUAUCAAGAUAUGAUUAGAUCAGUUGCUUGAAUUUCCCCUUUAUUCAAAAGUUCUUUCGGAGUUUUGUGCCAAUGCUCGAUUUCUCUUAAACCAAAUGACCAUAUUGCUUGAGCUACAUUUCAAACAAUGUCAUGUAGAAAGAAAAAAAAAAUUACUGAUAGGAGAAAACAAUGGUAGUUCGUAUAUUGGCACAAGUCUCCUGAAAAUCAGGAUAUUAACAGAAGACCUAGGGAAAAGAAAAAAAAAAAAAAAAGGAGGAAAAGAAA